GGAGAAAGCAGAGCAGCCGCCGUCGCUGUCGCUGCGAGCCAGACAAGUCGAGGUUCUGAAGGUGGAGCCUGGAGAGCCGUUCUGGUUGAAGGUUUAGAACAGAUGUGGAAAGAUGUUCACUUCAGAGAAAGGGGUUGUGGAGGAAUGGUUGUCAGAGUUUAAGACACUACCAGAAACAUCUUUACCAAAUUAUGCUACAAAUUUGAAAGACAAGAGUUCUUUAGUUUCAUCUCUCUAUAAAGUUAUCCAGGAGCCACAAAGUGAGUUGCUAGAACCUGUCUGUCACCAGCUCUUUGAAUUCUAUCGCAGCGGAGAGGAACAGUUGCUUCGAUUUACACUGCAGUUUCUUCCAGAACUGAUUUGGUGCUACCUUGCCGUCUCAGCCAGCAGAAACGUGCAUAGCAGUGGAUGCAUUGAAGCUCUUCUCCUAGGGGUUUACAAUUUGGAAAUAGUUGACAAACAGGGACAAAGCAAAGUAUUGAGUUUUACGAUUCCAUCUUUAUCCAAACCAUCUGUAUAUCAUGAGCCUUCCAGCAUUGGGUCCAUGGCUCUGACCGAGAGUGCCCUAUCCCAGCAUGGCUUGUCAAAAGUUGUGUACAGCGGACCUCACCCCCAAAGGGAGAUGCUGACAGCACAGAAUAGGUUUGAAGUGUUGACGUUCCUUUUGUUGUGUUACAAUGCUGCCCUAACUUAUAUGCCCAGUGUUUCUCUUCAAUCACUGUGUCAAAUUUGUUCAAGAAUCUGUGUUUGUGGAUAUCCUCGACAACAUGUAAGAAAAUACAAAGGUAUAAGUAGCAGGGUACCGGUUUCUUCAGGAUUCAUGGUGCAAAUGUUAACAGGAAUUUAUUUUGCCUUUUAUAAUGGAGAAUGGGAUCUAGCUCAAAAAGCAUUGGAUGAUAUUAUAUACAGAGCCCAGCUAGAAUUAUAUCCAGAGCCAUUGCUGGUUGCCAAUGCAAUACAGGCUUCAUUGCCUCAUGGUGCCAUGAAAUCUAGUAAGGAGGGUACAAGGUGUAUUCAAGUUGAAAUCACACCAACUUCUUCCAGAAUAUCAAGAAAUGCAGUAACCAGCAUGUCAAUUAGAGGUCAUAGGUGGAAAAGACACGGAAAUACAGAAUUAACAGGUCAAGAAGAACUGAUGGAGAUAUCUGAAGUUGACGAGGGAUUUUAUUCCAGGGCUGUGUCUAGUACCAGCCAGUCGGGUUUAUCAUACAGUAGUCAAAAUUGUAGUAACAAGGCAAUUGUAGGAAAGACUCAGAGACGGUCAGGAGGAAACAAAACUGGAGGAAAAGAAAAAGAAACUGCAGGGGAGUCUUGCAAAGAUCACUUUGCUCGAAAACAAACUCAGAGAGCCCAAAGUGAGAAUCUCGAGCUUCUCUCCUUGAAGAGACUUGCAUUAACAACCAGCCAAUCUCUGCCUAAACCUAGUAGUCAUGGUUUGGCUAAGACCGCUGCGACCGUAUUCAGUAAAUCAUUUGAACAAGUUAGUGGUGUCACAGUCCCAUAUAACCCAUCAUCUGCUGUUGGCUGUGGGACUGGGACAGAUACCAAUAGGUUUUCUGCUUGCAGUCUGCAAGAAGAAACGCUUAUUUACGUUUCUGAAAGGACUGAACUUCCAAUGAAGCAUCAAACAGGUCAGCAGAGACCUCCUAGUAUUAGCAUUACUUUGUCCACAGAUUAAUUUGUAAGGGUUUUCUCACGUAACCAGUGAAUCAGAAAAUACGACUUUGCUUCUUCAUGAAAGUUCCCAGGGUCGUCUUUCAUCCCUGUUCCUGACAGGAGCCCUGAUGUCUUAAAUUCUGAAGGCUACCUUGACUUUAUGAAGGGAAUAAUGUCUAGGUUGCAGUAAGUUGAAAUAUGGUUUUGUUAUUUCUUGGUUGUUUUCCCCUUGGCUUGAGUCUUUUUUUUUUUCUUACUUUCUUAUUUGUUUCUGUUGCCCUGAGAUUGUCAGUGUGACAAUACAUUUUGGCAGGCUGUCUGAUCAGAUUGGUUACAGCUCAUGAGAGGUUAUGGGUCUUUUUCUUUAAUAACUCCUAUUUUGGUAGCUGUAUGUUUGGCCUUCAGUGUAAGAGGGAAUCUCCUUGCAUGAGAACAGUUUUUUCAAGGAUGAGGCUGUGGUACAACUCCAGGAAUUCUACAGCUGGCUGCUCAGCAAGCCAGUCUGAAAAACAGACAUGGGAAAAAACAAAACUGAUAUGUAUGAAAAGUGCCUGCUAAAAAUGUUUGUAACCAGAUCAUCUUUAAGAUUAGUAGAACAGUUUAUAUAAAGCACUGGAAAAUGCCUGGUAACUCCGUAACCUAAAAUAUUAUAUGAUUCCAGGGGAUGGGAAGAGGGUUUCCAUUGUUAUCUUUGGAACAUUUUUAUAUCAGAAAUCAGACUGCUAGUAGAUGUGUUGUUUUGAAGUGUUUGAUCUGGAUUUAGCAGGUGAAAAUCCCUUUCAGUUCCUAAGAUGUAAUAGGCCAUAAAACUGACUUACCCUGCUGCUGGACUUCGGAAAUCCUACUUAGUUUGGAUUCCCACAAUUCAGAGCACACAUCAUUGAAGACUUCCUGGAAAUCACUGAAUUUUGCAACCCAUCUCUCAAGAUACCAGUGUUUACCAUAUUGAAUUGUUUGUCUACAAAUGAAGGAAAUUAGGUAAAUUUUUCAUCUAUAAAAUAUCAUUGAAAGAAAAUAAAAAUAGUGAAAUAUGGACAAAGGACAUUUAUAUAUUAACUAAUUUAGGGUUAUAUAUGUUUGUGUUCUUAAAUUUAAAAUUUUAAGUAUGAAAAAUAUUAAAUGUGUUUCUUGUUUUGUGAACAGGCCUAUUUGAAAUGUUCUUGUUAUGAUAGAAAGAAUAAUCAAUAUAGUUGCUCCCAACCAAAAAAUAAAAAUAAAAAGGCAAUAUGGCAGAAGCUAAACAAACUUGUAUGUAGCUAUAGAGAAUCAGGUGACCUCCAGAUGGAUGUAGAAAUUUGAUGUUUGCUAGUGGUGGUCAUUUCAGCUAUGGUUGAGGUUCCUUAUAAAUCGAGUAUACUUAAGUAAUAAUCUAGGGUAAGAGAGAGAAAGCAGGGUUGAGGAUGAGAGAGUAAGUUGACUGGAGAGGAAGAUGUAGGGAGCUGUCCCCUUGUUAGUGGUUAGUACACAGUGGUUUCCUUAUUCACAGUCUUUAGCUGUGGUCACACAGAGAAAAUGCUAGUUUUCCUCUUGUACCUGCUUAUGCAGAGCUCAAAUAUGUGAAAAAUUUGUUAUGUCUUGAAGACUGCUAAAGCAUUUUCACUAUGAAUGCAGUUUUGACCAUAACUGCUUUGGCUAUCGUUUUAAAUCCAAUUCUUCAAAAAGCAAGAACUAGUUUUUAUUCAGUAACCCUGAAUAAAAUAUGGUUUUUAACAUAAGUGAAUUUGAUUUUUUUAGUGCCAGUGAUAGAAAUGGAAUAAGAUCUAUUGGCAUACAUUGUAGGAAAAAAAAAAAAAAGCAAAGCAACCAGACAGUGAAAGUUGAUAAAGUAUUAAUUUAAUAGAAAUCCUGUGUACAAUUUAAAUCCUGUGUACAAUUACUGUGAAUUUCCUAUUGUCUUUUUGUAAUUCUUUAACAAAGAAUUUCCCCUAGGCAUAGCUACUAACAGUAUUAAUAAUAGUCUUAAGAACUAAUUUAAAAGAUUGGCGUUGGAGGCAAGUUAAGGUGCUUAGGAAGCAUUGUAGAAUAAGUUUGAGGAAACAUUAGCUGGCACAAAUAAGAGAUCAGAUUUUAAUGUUCAGCUGUUGUAAUGGAACCUCAUUUUGUUACUAUUCUAGAUCAUUGCUAUUAUAAAUCAUUGUGGUCUGAGGACCAGUAAGGAACAUUGGCAUUACCUGCCAUCUUGUUAAAAAUGCAGAAUUUCAGAGCCACCUUAGAUCUACUGAAUCAUAAUUUGCCUUUUAAUAAGAUCUCAGGUGAUUAUUAUGUACAUUAAAGUUUGAGAAGACAGUAUCAAAGUGCAAACAAAUCACUUAUCUAAUAUUUAGAAUUCUCAGUGGUCUCACAACCCUAGAUCAAAUAUGUUGGAUACUGGAUCAUUAUAAUCUUCAUUGUUUUUAAAGCUAAUUAAUUUUUUAAGAGUGUCAACUGACUUAAGUCCCCUAAUUCUAAAUUUUUAAUGAAUCUCAUUUAUUUUUACAAUAAAAAUGUUAACAUUUUAUAUUCUUCUAUUAUUUGAAAGUGGAAGCAGAGCUGUAGAUGCCUACAAUUUUAAGUAUGAAAGGGGUACCACCCUUUUACACAAUGCACAACAAAUCUGCAUGUGUUUUUUCUUUUAAAAACCCUGAAGGCUUACUCAAAGGAGUGGUUCUGAAUUUUUGCUCCAAGUAAUUUGUCCCAGUUGAUUUUCUGGAAUGUGGAGUUACGUUAACAGUAAAAUUCUUUCGUAGUACCUUUGAUACUAUUUCAAAUAAAGAUUAUACAUUUGAAAAUUUUUAUAGCAGUUAUUAAUACUGGGUAAUGCUAACUGUGGUAACAAUGGUAGUUAUCCCUGCUCUUCUUGUCCCACUCACUUUCCCAAAUUUGAAAGUUGGAGUGGCUUUUGUAGGUCAUUUUCUUAUGAAGAUGCUGAUGUGACCAUUUGGUCACAGAACUUCUGUAUAUCCAGAGUAAUACCUUUUACCACAAGAAGGAUUCUGCACAAAACUGGGGCCUUGCACCCCAUAGCUCAGAGGAUCUGCGCAGACAUUGUAGUCCCAUUCCACAUUUUAAACCUCUAAAAGAUUCUUGAAAUUACCCAACUUCUCACUCUUCAGAUACCCGACUGCCUGGGAUAUUCUAGUGAAGCUGAGUGCCAGCUUUUCCGUUUUAGAAUCCAAGCGGAGAGAGAAACACAGACUUCAGGGGAGUGUCCCAGGGCAGGUGAGCACCCUGGAAUCUCUUAUUAUACCACCAUGGAACUUUUAAAGGCAGCUCUGUAGAUUUGAAGAGUAGAAAUUCUCAGUCCUUAAAUGAUUUCAGUGUGUUUUGAAAAAGCAAUAUUUCAUUGCUCUUUUCAAUUAUGAAGUAACUGCUUAGCAAACAUUAUUCAAUAAUAAUUAUAAAAAUUAUUAUUAACUUUUAAAGACAAAAAGUUAAA